UUGCGUGUCAGGUCACGUUCGGCAGUGGCGCGAGCAUCAGCGCGCGCACCUGUGGCCACUUCCCAGCCCUCCUUGCUGGAUGCGCUCGGGGCCGCCACAAGACCAGAAUGGCCACACCACCGAAGAGGAGCUGCCCAUCUCCCGCGACCGGCUCUGAGGGGACCCGCAUCAAGAAAAUUGCCAUCGAAGGGAACAUCGCUUCAGGGAAAACAACAUUUGUGAAUAUCCUAAAACAGGUCUGCGAGGAUUGGGAGGUGGUUCCUGAACCUGUUGCCAGGUGGUGCAAUGUUCAAAGUGCUCAAGGUGACUGUGAGGAACUGACAGCAUCUCAGGAAAGUGGUGGAAAUGUUCUUCAGAUGAUGUAUGAGAAACCUGAACGGUGGUCUUUUACCUUCCAGUCAUAUGCCUGCCUCAGUCGAAUACGAGCCCAGCUUGCCUGUCUUGAUGGCAAGCUCAAAGAUGCAGAGAAACCUGUAUUAUUUUUUGAACGAUCUAUAUACAGUGACAGGUAUGUCUUUGCAUCUAAUUUGUAUGAAUCUGACUGCAUGAAUGAAACAGAGUGGACAAUUUAUCAAGACUGGCAUGACUGGAUGAAUCAACAGUUUGGCCAAAGCCUUGAACUGGAUGGAAUCAUUUAUCUUCGAGCCACUCCAGAGAAAUGCUUGAAUAGAAUAUAUUUACGAGGAAGAAAUGAAGAACAAGGCAUUCCUCUUGAAUAUUUAGAGAAGCUUCACUAUAAGCAUGAGAGCUGGCUACUGCAUAGAACACUGAAAACCAACUUUGAUUUUCUACAAGAAAUCCCUAUUUUAACACUGGAUAUUAAUGAAGACUUUAAAGACAAACACGACGGUCUGAUUGAAAAGGUCAAAGAAUUUUUGAGCACUUUGUGAUUUUGCUGAAGACUACAGGCAACCACAUGAUUCCAGCUUUGUGUAUCUUCGUAGCUCAAUAUUGAUACAAGUCUCUAGAAAACCCAGGUUUUUUACCAUUUUUGUUCCAAGAAAAAAAUUGUUUUGAUGAAUUCUAUGUAAAAGUUCAUGAGCAGUUUCUUUUCUUUUAUGCUUUAAAAAAA